GCGGAUCGUUCAGUUGACUACGUGCAACGCAGCCGCGCAGACGCAGUCAGCGGUUGAAAAUAUUCAAUAUAUACACAUAUACGUAUAUAUUUGAAUAAAUAUUCCAAUUUUUUUCGAACGCAUCCCAAAGGAUCCAGUGACUUCGUUUUUGUGAUUGAUGUGCCAAAAGUGCCAGGCUACGUGGGCUCAAAAUUGCAAUUGGCUUACGGGGAGCACAAGAAAAGCACAAAUCAGCAGCAAUAAGGAUUAAACGUGAACUAAAUUUCAAAUCAAAGAAGGAGCUAAGAAGCAGAAAUAAUAAAUACAAAUUUAAUAACAAUAACUACUUAAUGGGCAAGAAAGCCAAUGAAAAACUAAUUCAGCAAGAAAAAGACUGUUAAACAGUUGGACAAAUACCAGAGAAUAGAUGGUAAACAUCCUGAUGAGAAAUCCCUACUAACAAUCGAGAAUUUGAAUCAUUUUAGCAAAGCAGCAGCUGAUUGAAAAUCGGGCGAAAUUAGAGCCCCGCCAUGCACAAAAGAAAGAAACGCUAGAAUUUAGAGAGCGGCAAGAGGAAAGAAAGACUAAAACCACGAAACUAAGGAAAACUUUGUGAGCCCAGAACUAGUUCUGUCCCCCGGAACCAACAUGGUGCUAAACCUGCUUUUCAUAACCACCGUGAUCAAGUCCACGUUUGGUGUGGUGACCACGGGACUUUGGCUGAUCCCCCUGAUGUUGGCCGCCAUCACGUACUAUCGCUACGAUGCCGUGGAUCCCGAAUCGCGACCCCUGGACCAGCUGAAUCUCUUCCCCGAGUACGAUUUCAUUGUGGUGGGCAGUGGUUCCGCCGGAGCGGUGGUGGCCAAUCGCUUGAGCGAGGUGCGCAAGUGGAAGGUGCUGCUCAUCGAGGCCGGUCCGGAUGAGAACGAGAUUUCGGACGUACCAUCGCUGGCUGCCUACUUGCAGCUGAGCAAACUGGACUGGGGCUACAAGACGGAACCCUCGACCAAGGCCUGCCUGGGUAUGCAAAACAAUCGCUGCAAUUGGCCCAGAGGUCGCGUGUUGGGCGGCAGUUCGGUCCUAAACUAUAUGCUCUAUGUGCGCGGCAAUCGCAAUGACUACGAUCACUGGGCAUCGCUGGGUAAUCCUGGCUGGGACUACGACCAUGUCCUGCGCUACUUCAAGAAAUCGGAGGACAACCGCAAUCCCUAUUUGGCGAACAACAAGUAUCACAGUCGCGGCGGACUGAUGACUGUUCAGGAAUCCCCCUGGCAUUCUCCGCUGGUGGCCGCUUUUGUGGAGGCCGGCACUCAGAUGGGCUAUGAGAAUCGGGAUAUAAAUGGCGCCAAACAGGCUGGUUUCAUGAUCGCCCAGGGCACCAUUCGACGCGGAUCGAGAUGCUCCACAGCCAAGGCCUUCCUGCGACCCAUACGUUCGCGCAAGAACUUCCACCUCUCGAUGAACUCCCACGUGACGAGGGUCAUCAUGGAGCCGGGCACCAUGAGGGCUCAGGCCGUGGAGUUUGUGAAGCAUGGCAAGGUCUAUAGGAUAGCCGCCAGAAGGGAGAUCAUCCUGUCGGCCGGCGCCAUAAACACACCCCAACUAAUGAUGUUGUCCGGCUUGGGACCGCGAAAGCAUCUCGAGAAGCUGGGCAUUCGGGUGCUGCAAGAUCUGCCCGUUGGUGAGAAUAUGCAGGAUCAUGUGGGCAUGGGUGGACUGACCUUCCUGGUGGACAAGCCAGUGGCCAUUGUCCAGGAUCGCUUCAAUCCCACGGCAGUGACCUUUCAGUAUGUGCUGCGCGAACGAGGACCCAUGACCACAUUGGGCGGAGUGGAGGGCUUGGCCUUUGUCCACACACCCUACUCGAAUCGCAGCCGCGAUUGGCCGGACAUUCAAUUCCAUAUGGCACCGGCCUCCAUCAAUUCGGACAAUGGGGCGCGGGUGAAGAAGGUGCUGGGCCUGAAGGAAUCCAUUUACCAGGAGGUCUACCAUCCCAUAGCCAACAAGGAUAGUUGGACGAUAAUGCCGCUGCUCUUGAGGCCCAGAUCGAGGGGUUCGGUCAAGUUGCGUUCGGCCAAUCCCUUCCACUAUCCCCUGAUCAAUGCCAACUACUUUGAUGAUCCGCUGGAUGCGAAAACCUUGGUGGAGGGCGCCAAGAUAGCUUUGCGAGUGGCUGAGGCGCAGGUUUUUAAGCAAUUUGGAUCGAGAUUGUGGCGCAAACCGCUGCCAAAUUGCAAACAGCACAAGUUCCUCUCGGAUGCCUAUUUGGAAUGCCAUGUGAGGACCAUCUCGAUGACCAUCUACCAUCCGUGCGGCACUGCCAAAAUGGGACCCGCCUGGGAUCCCGAGGCAGUGGUCGAUCCACGCCUGCGAGUCUACGGAGUUCGCGGCUUGAGGGUGAUCGAUGCCAGCAUUAUGCCGACGAUUAGUAGUGGCAACACCAAUGCCCCGGUGAUAAUGAUAGCCGAAAAGGGUGCCGAUCUCAUCAAGGAGGACUGGCUAACGAAUCCCGAGUACAAAGUGAAGCGGCAGACUCAAGCGCGGGAUGCGCAAACAGCUGGCAGCAAUAUUCAGGGCAUCAUCACGCUGCCCAACGCCAGCAGCAACAUCAGUCACAGCGACAGCAGCAACCUCAGCGACAGGAGCAACAUCGAGAGCCAUUCCAGCAACAGCAGUCUCAUAAACAACAGCAACUUCAGUAACUUCAGCAAUUUCAGCAACAUCAGUCACAUAAACAACAACAUCAGCAACAUCGACAGCAGCAGCAGCAGCAACUUCACACUCAACUAUGUUGAUAGUUAGUGGCUUGAAAAGGAUAACAGAGCUGCCAGUCAGCUUCAGAUUUUGUGCUCAGGGCUCCAUUAGCUUUAAACACUUACAAAAAAAUAGUGAGUGCCAUUGCUAAAGCAACUUGUUGAGAUGGAAACUCUUUUGAAUGGAGAAUAACUCAACGGAAUGUGAUUCAGAACAUUGUGAAGCUUAGAAAUUCAUAGAAAAUUCUUCAAUGAAACCAGAAGCUAUCUACUAUUUAACCAUGAGUUAUCAUAAUUAUGGAAUCGACUUAAAAAUGUCCAAUGUUGUACAACUAUCAACUUUAUGGAAUUAUUUCAAACUGCUGUUCAUAAAAGGUUUACAUCUAAAACUCCAUACUUCACCCUAUUUUUAAUUGAUGUCUGCUUUUAAUUAGACCAUCAGUUUACACAAUAACUGCAAAAAGGCAUUGAUGCCUAAUUAUUAACUAUGAUAGUAAAAUAUCUUUUUGCGUGCACAAAAAAGUUAAGCGUUCAACAACUCAAAUUUGUAUAAGGGAGAACUCAUACUGCCCAUUGAAUCUCAACACAUGACGUCCUCGAAAACUCUACACAACGACCAAUUGCAAGACGGAAACCAGAAAUCGAGUCAUAGAUUAAAUGCCCUCAAUUAUGCUGUAUUCCUAGCUAUAUUAAGAAAUUGUUGUCCCUUUUUUUUUUUGUUUAUGUAAUAUUUAUACUAAGCUAGAGUAAGAUAAUAUAGUAUUGUUUGACUAUUUAUAGGAAACUCCCAUACACGCGCAUUAUUUAAACUACAUUCUAUUUAAUAAAU